AUGAAAGAUACAGCCUUGCAAGCACCUUUUGACAAGCAUCUUUCGCCUACGGUACCCUAUGUUCCACAGAGAAGAAGGACAACCUCUCCAAGGAUAGAAGGCAUAUCGAGGUUUAUGACACAUCCAAAAAUUCCAGCUAGGAGCAAUGAGCUAUUUGUAGCAGGAACAACGACGAAGCAGGCUCUAGAAGAGGCUUUCCGCGAGAUCGCGCCCGUAAAAAACAUCAAGAUACUCAAGAAUUAUGCCUUCAUAUCAUUUGACGACGAUGCAAACAUAGAGCACAUAUCCGGAAAGUACUAUGAUGUAGGAGGAAAGUCUGUAUAUAUCGAGUAUGCAAGAGGAAACGACAUCAGGUUUAUACCCACCAGGCUCAGAAAUAGGGCUAACCUAUGGCACAACCGUAAAAAUAAAUUCAAAUAA